CUUGCAGUGUGGUGUUUUAUAAUAAAAUUAAAAAAUGAAGAUUUGUUGCUUAAUCGUAUUAACUGUUUUCAUUACAUUAAUAUGUAAUUUAAAGGGUCAACAAACGACAAAAAGAUCUCAACCAAAAUUUAAUAGAUUAUUUGGAAAUAUUUCACGAGAAUGCUUGAAAGAACAUCGCGUCACUCCAGAAAGAGUAUUGGGAAUUUAUACUUUAAAUAUAGAUGACCGAAGAGCAAAAUGUUAUGUCGCUUGCAUGUUGUUGCGAUUUAAUGUGACUUCUAAGAAUGGAGGUUACAAUGAUAAGGAAUUGGAGCAAUUGAUGGCAAAACCCAAUAUCAAUAGUGAAGUUCCAACUAAUAUGAAAAGAGCUAUAGCAAUAUGCGAAAAACAAGUUGAUAAUGAUCAGUGUGAAAAAGCCUUUAAAUUCACGAAAUGUAUUUAUGCUCACAAGAAUGAAUUUGCAGUUAAAAAUAAAGAAAACAAUUCUACAUCAGCUGAUCGCCGACGACCUGUUACUCAGACAAAACAGCCUGUACGUCUCUCAACCACUUAACCACAUUAUUAUAGUCACUAAACAUAAUUGUUUUAAAUAUGAUAUUGUUUACAAUGAUUAAAUUUUAUCUAUUUAUUUACUUAGAUUAAAUGAUUUUA